AUGACGCUCUACACGUGGCUCCCAAUUUUCAAUCAAAUCCAAAAAGGAUGCACAUGUUUCGGAAUGACAGUGAACGCUCUUCUCGUUCCAUUGAUUAUUUUCAAGUCUCCAAAAGAUUUGGGUCUCUACAAGUACAUGAUGAUCUAUAUCGCCUGUUUUGAAAUAUUUUUCGGAUGCGUUGAGCUUCUUACUAUUCCGGAUUUUUUCACUAAAGGCUCAUCAUUUUUCGUUAUGGUUGACCCCAGGAAAACUAUCAUACCACAAGGCUGGAUCCAGUCUGCUGAUUUACUCUUCUGCGGAUCGUUCGCAGUGUCCCUUGGAAUUUUCGGCUUCCAAUUUGCAUAUAGAUAUCAAGUUUUGAAAGGGAACAAAGAUUGGACAGAGAGCAGUUUCAAGAACAUUAUUUUCUGGAUGGGAUCUCCAUUGGUUUUUGCGUGUAUUUGGUCUGUAGCACUUGGGAUUUUUAUGCCGCUAAAUCCAUAUGUGAAGACAGUUUUGAUAAGAGAAUCCGUCUUUUCUGGUGACCUAGAUCUGGAUACCAUCGGCUUUAUUGGUGCCCUAUUCUAUCCAGUGUUGGAUGACGGAACAAAAAUUAUCAAUUGGGAUUCAAUGAGUGGUGUCUCGGUGACCACUACUAUUCUAAUGAGUUCCGAGUUUGCCAUGUUCUUCUUCGCCAUGAAAUGUUUCCUGGCUACUAAAUCGCUCAUGACCCAGGCUGGCCAUUCGAAAAGUUUUCGACGUCUUCAAUGGCAAUUAUUCUACGCGCUGAUGCUUCAGACCUUGAUUCCGAUCACAUUUAUUCAGGGACCCUUCACUGUUAUCUAUUUUACCACCAUAAUUCUGGACGAUUCUUUUGAAUUUUUGGGACAUUUCUUGGCGCUGAGCAUCACUAUGUACUUAGCCACUGACGCAUUUCCCACUAUCUUCAUUAUCAAGCAGUACAGAGAUACUUUGAUAAGCUACUUCAAAAGGGCCAAACUGAUCAAAGUGAAACCUCAACAACCUGCAUCGAUCACUUCAGUGCAACUCAAAGUUUUGUAA